UUUCAACAACGCACAUCAUGGCAAGCCGCGGAGAGCUGCUCUAUCCUGAGAGUGACCGGGUGUUCCUGGAACCUUAUCUACCUCCACCUGACCGUCAAGUGAAAGAUGCAGGUGUGCCUUUCGUCACACUCACUUUCGCGACAUCGCUUGAUUCGGCUUUGUCUCUGGCUCCUGGUGUGCAAACAGCUUUGUCGGGUCCACAAUCGAAAGCCAUGACACACUACCUUCGCUGCAGACAUGAUGCCAUCAUGGUCGGUGUUGGUACGGCAAUCGCAGACAAUCCCAGUUUGAAUUGCAGGAUUCAAGGUGUCGGUGGUUAUGGAGGGGAAGGGUUGGUAGGACAGCCAAGACCUGUUGUUGUUGAUCCUCUUGGAAGAUGGCAACUGACUUCUGAGACCAAAAUCCUGAAGCUUGCCAAAGAAGGACGAGGCAAAGCGCCAUGGAUCCUGACCACAAAGACACCAGAUUCGGAAAAUGCCAGGCUGUUGGAAGAGGUGGGUGGAUGUUACAUUGUUCUCGGGUCACGCACUGGAGCAUCAGAAGAGAGGCCUUCAAUGACUUGGCUCGAUAUGCUACGAGCAAUCGGUACGAGAGGUAUUGGAAGCAUCAUGGUUGAAGGCGGUGGCGUGAUUAUCAACUCUUUGCUAUCGGCAGAGAACGCGGAACAUAUCAGCUCUGUGAUUGUGACUAUCGCGCCUACUUGGCUGGGCCAGGGCGGUGUUGUGGUGUCUCCACCUAGAACAGAAGGUAGCAGUCUUCCAGUUGCUCGGCUCAGGAAGACAAAGUGGCAGCAACUAGGUGAUGACGUGGUUCUUUGUGGAAGUCUGGGCGCUUGAAAGACGCAUUGCUCGUUGAAAAGGGAAGAAGCAAUGGACAGACUAUGGCUUUCGCUAUUCCUGCAUUGCGGCCAGUCGAAGCAUUUUCUGUAGUGAAGGCGUCGGGGCGCGUCUGCCUUGGGCUCGUCUCUGCGAGUU